AUGGAACUAAAAGCGAGUCUUCGGCUUCUCAGCCAACAGCUCUGUGCAAUACUCUUGCUGCUGGAAACUAGUAGAGUUUGGAGCGCGUCCGCAACACCCGUCAUCAGUCACAUUAGCAAGGAUGUGGUCGCCAGUGUGGGCGAUAACGUCGAGUUUAACUGCACUGUGGAGCAAUUGGGCCAAAUGACUGUCAGUUGGGCGAAGCGUGCCAACGAGUCGGACGCCAAUUCUGUUGUCCUCUCAGUAAAUGGUAUGUCUACGCUACCCGAUUCCCGCUACUCCGUGGAGCAGCAGAAGGAUGCGAGCAGCGGCAGUGCCACGUAUACUCUCCGAAUGGAACGCAUCGAGGCCAGCGACAUGGGUCUGUACGAGUGUCAGGUGUUGGUGUCGGCCACCAAUAAGGUUACCCGCAAGCUGAAUUUGCUGAUCAAAACGCCGCCGGUAAUCUCCGAGCAGACGCCUCGCACCACGCUCGUCACCGAGGGCCAGAACCUGGAGGUCACCUGCCACGCCAACGGCUUUCCCAAGCCCACCAUUUCCUGGGCACGUGAACAUAACGCCAUUAUGCCCGCGGGUGGACAUGUGUUGGCCGACCCUACGCUCCGGAUAAAGACUGUGCAUCGUCUGGAUCGGGGAGGCUAUUAUUGUAUAGCCGAGAAUGGGGAGGGACAGCCCGAUAAGCGUUUGGUUCGCGUGGAGGUCGAGUUCCGGCCCCAGAUUGCCGUGCAGCGACCCAAGGUGGCCCAAAUGUUGGGCCACAGUGUCGAACUGGAGUGCCUGGUUGAGGGAAGUCCUGCCCCCGCCGUCGUCUGGUAUCGUAACGGCGUGAAGCUACAGUCGGAUCGCCAGCACGAGAUUGCGAAUACGGCCUCCUCGUUUGAGACCACCACAUCAGUGCUGCGCAUCGCCAGCGUCUCGGAGGGCGACUUUGGAGACUAUUACUGUAAUGCGACGAACAAGCUCGGUCAUGCCGAUGCCAGACUGCAUCUCUUCCAGCCCGUCAUUCCAGUGCCCUCCUCGUCGUAG